GGGAGACGUGCAGGUUGUCAGAAAUCCUCUUCAAUCCGGAGAGGCGUCGAUCAAUGAUGUCGACCCCUAUGGCCUCGGUCUUCUUUACUACGCUUCAAUCUGGUGCUGGAGGGGUGCUGGACGCGAGGCAGCUCUGAACAUGUGCCGUUUCCUCGUUCAGAGCGGUGUGAAUCAAGAUUGGGUGGAUGAUAUUGGCAGCACGCCAAAGGAAAAUAUGAUCGCCGGUACCCUAGUGACCUUGGCCCCGGGGACACGAUGGCCCUCGUGAGCUUAAAGAUUCGGAAUUCGUGCGCAUUGCCCAGUCGUUCAGUCGGUCUCUAGCCCGUCUCGCCGAUAACUUUGUGGAAGAUCGGGAACUUCCUGUUGUCCACCAAGUGUUGCUUGGUAUCGAACGCAACAUGGGUUCACUAGAAGACUAUUUGGCCGGUUUUGGGCAAGCUCCGCUGUCGCCGGAGAUCAUCAACGCCCAAGACGCGUGCGGACAGACGGCACUUGCGUGGGCUGUGGAAUACGGAUGGCCCGAAGCCACCGAGGUACUCCUAAAUUACGGGGCAAGCGCCUGUCGACCAGGGCAGUCCCUUCGGGGGGAGAUGCCUCUGUUGAAUCUAGCCAUCGUCUGUCCUGUUCUAAACGGCUCAGACAGGGACUUGGUAGAUGUCGUUAAGUUGCUCCUUGAGGUAGGGGCGAAGCCAAACAGUGUGGACCACGAAGGUUGGACGGCAUUACAUGUCGCCGCAUCCUGGAACAACGCCGCGGUCAUCAAAGAGCUCGUGCGAUUUGCGGGUGAUGCCUUAACCUGGGAUGCCUUGACAGAAGACGGUCAGACCGCACAGGCAUUGUCGUUAGGUGCUGAGUUUGACAAACAAGUACAGGAUCUUUUCCGAAAUCAGGGGGCUUCCCACGUGGAGGUUGGUUUCAGUGUUUCCGAGUCGGACGAAAUUCUUGACAGCGUCGACGUACAAUGUUGAUGGCGCUUGGGAAUCAAGAACUGAGGGGUUGGUUCUUACAUGGGCCGAUUGUAUCCUGACACCACAACGGUGCAGAUAGCACAGAAUAGGUUGUUGCGGAAACUGAAACUCCUGACCUCUCUCAUCGCUCGUUCACCUGCUAGAUGUCAAU